CCCAAAGCAUCUUUUAUAAAAGCCCAUCAAAAUCCUCAUUUUACACAAACAACCCAAACCCAAACCCUUCUCUCUCCAAAAAAAAAAAAAAAAAAACUCUGUACAACUCGAGCUUCAAAAAUGGCGACGAGUAAAAGCUACUUCUCAAGGCAGAACUACCGUUUUCUGUCCAGCGACCGUAACACCGCCGUGGUAACACCCACCGAUUCAUCCACAUUCGAACUCGACGAGUCAGACAUGUACAACUCCAGCCGAUCCAAGUCUCCCGAGUUUCGAAAACCGCUCACAACUUCUCGUAAGAAGACUUCCUCGAAGCGAUCGGGGACAGAUCUCGGAGGCGAUCGGACUGGCGGAACUCCUUCGUCUCUUCCGGUUAAUAUUCCUGACUGGUCUAAGAUCCUUAGAGAUGAGUACAGAGAUAAUCGGAGAGGCUCCGAGCGCGUGGAUAUCGACGACGACGACGAUUAUGAUUUGGACGGCGAUUGUGAUGGCGAUUCUAGGGUUCCGCCGCAUGAGUUUUUGGCUAGGCAGAUGGCGAGGACGAGAAUCGCCUCCUUCUCGGUACACGAAGGGAUUGGUAGGACUCUUAAGGGAAGAGAUCUCAGUAGGGUUCGAAAUGCAAUUUUUGAAAAAACUGGGUUUGAAGAUUAAAAAAAGAUAAAUUUGAAGAGUUAAAAAUGAAAAUUUUCAAAAAUAACAGCGGGAAUUUACGGAAUAUAUUUUCUUUUUUUUUUUAUUUAGGUAAAAUUUUAAUCCUCCAAUAUGGGUAGGCUUUAAUUUUGUGAUUUUUAUUUUUAUUUUUUUAAUUUUGGAGGAGCAUUUUUAAUUUUCCACGAUUUGUAAUUUUCUCUAACUCGGAGUAUUUUAGGAUUGUAUUUGGGUAUAAAUUCUAUACUUCAAUUUUGCAUUAUUAUUAUUAUUAUUAUGUUUAAUAAUAAUUAAAGGAAUAUUAGCAUUAAUAUUUUUGUGAA